AUGGAUCGAGGCUCUAGUCCUCUUUCCUCGCCGCCGCCGCUCCCCUCUCAGUCAUACACAGCGAAUCCCCUACCCACGCCGUCGGCAUCCUCAUCACCGCUAUCCAACAUAUCCAGAACACCUUCGAUAGAAAGCAGCCCAGAGCCAGUGGCAUUGAACGACUUAUCGCAUCGAUACCCUUCCCCAAUGUCAACAACUACCGCGUCGGGUUCGCACACGCCUGUCAAGCGCACAGUUUUGCCGACCGCGCCCAAGGCCAAAAGUGGCCCAAAGAAGAGCAGAUUGCAGCGCUCUUCACCGCCCGAGUCUGAAGAUGGUCAACCGGCGCCCAAGAAGCGCAAGGUCGGCAUGUCUUCCAAGGAGCGCACCACCGAAUACCUCGAUCUGAUGAAGGACGACACGGAAUGGACAGACGAAGACGACGCGCAGCUUGAGCGCCUGACGAAUGCCCUCAAGAAGAAGAAGAAGAUUGUGGUGAUUGCCGGCGCUGGCAUUUCCGUGGCGGCAGGAAUUCCUGACUUCCGCUCAUCCACCGGCCUAUUCGCUCCCGCAGGAUGUCAGCCACAAAAGAUGAAAGCGUCCGGGAAGCACCUCUUCGAUGCUUCAGUCUACAAGAGCAAUGACUCCACCUCCGAUUUCCACACAAUGGUGCGUGAGAUGGCGCACAUGUCAGAUGCGGCGAAGCCAACACGAUUUCACCACCUACUGGCGUCUCUGGCACACCAGGGUCGUCUAUUGCGGCUGUACACUCAGAAUAUCGACUGUAUCGACACAUCCAUGGAACCGUUGGCUACCAAUGUACCGCUCAACCCCAAGGGUCCGUGGCCCGUCUCAGUGCAGCUUCAUGGUGGCUUAAAGAAAAUGGUCUGCUCGAAAUGCGCGGAGCUGCAGGACCUUGAGGCUGAGCUCUUUGAUGGGCCCGAAGCACCACUAUGCGCGACAUGCGUGGACAUCGAUCAUCUUCGGACGAGUUUUGCAGGCAAGCGCAGCCAUGGCAUUGGCCGCAUGCGCCCACGAUUCGUCCUAUAUAACGAGCACAACCCUGAUGCAGACGCCAUCGGUGCCGUGACUGAAGCGGACCUCAAGGCUCGCCCUGAUGCUGUAAUUGUGGUGGGUACGAGCCUCAAGGUGCCUGGCACCCGCAGGAUCGUCAAAGAGAUGUGCCUUACAGCACGUGGACGCCGGGAUGGUUUCACUGCCUUCAUCAACCUCGACUCGGAGCCCAAGCAUGUGGACUUCAAAGAUUGUUGGGACAUGGUCGUGCGCGCUAAGUGCGACAAGGUAGCCCUGCACGCCAACCUGCCACUCUGGGACGACUCGGCUGUGGCCAUCGACAGUGUACUGUCACCAGAACAGGCUCUGCAGGCCGAAGCGUUGUGUAGCUCGACAGAUCUAUCCGUGGCCAUCCCAAGCAGCUGUCCUUCAUCUCAAAAGGGGCUUGACAUCCCGGCACCUGUUGCUGCCACAUGGACCAAACAGACCUCAUCAGUGCUUACUCCGAAGCCCAGCCCCAAGCUGGCCACCGCGAAGCCGAAAGCGAAGCCUAAACCGAAGCCCAAGGCCAAGAAAGUCGAAGGCAACGUUGAGAAAUCCUCGCCGGCUUUGCAGUCAGCCGCUACGCGCAACCGCAAGCCUCUCGCAAAAGCUCGACCUAGCACGCUUGCUGGCACCUUCAAAGCUGUCAAGACGAGUACAAACGAUACAAGCAAAGCAAAGGCUGCCAUCAAAAUCGAGCCCACCACAAAGCCGUUCACUGCGCACGUUGAGAAUGAGCUAGGGGCCGACAGCACAGCAGAGUCCAAGCUCGAGGCCGCGCCGACUACACCGACAGGGCCAUUGCAGCCCGCAUCCCGCGAUAUUGUUUCUCCUUCUUCGAUACCAAAAGGCAUGGGGCGCUUAUUGAAUUGA